AGCUGUAAUCGAAUAUAUUUAGCGCUAGUUAUGAGAAUAUUGGUGUUUUCCGUCCUUUGCUAGCUGGAAUAUUUCAGAACCUUUUAGUCAGAACAGUGAGUGGACUAAAGCUUAUGUUUAGUGUCGGAAAGGCGUAACCAUUAAAUAGUUAGUUUCUUCGCCGUGUCAUAAUUAGCAUAUCAUUGGAGCAAAUCAUAGUUAUCGACUUUCCAGUGGUGGGUCUUACAAAUUACGCAGUGAUUUUGAUAUUUCUUGUGAACUCAAACGACACUUAAUAGUUUUAUCACUUUUAAGUUGACUAGAUUGCUAAAGUUGUUUCAACAACCUAGCAAACGUUAGUUAAUUUACUUUAGUGGUUGAUAGAUUACUGUACGAAGUUCAGUUUGUUAACUAAUAGAUGGAUGAGUUAAUUUCUAAACUGCUGUUGGUGUUAAUACCAACAGCAAAAGUUUGCUGUGUCACUACACUAAGUCAUUUUAAAUGAUGGGCAAAUAUGGUGGAAUAGGUCCUUAGAAUACGUACUCAUAUAGUUUGAGAGCUUCUGGUCGCUUAUUAGCAAGAACUAGAUUUUUUUCAUGCUUACUUCCACGCACUUUCAUCGGAUGGGAGAAAACCUUGGACUGAUUUUCUGUAUUUUAGAUGAUGCUCCUCUCUGUAUAUAUCUGUAUACUGUUUGUGCGUUUGUUCGCAGGAUUUUUGGACGAUUUGUGUGUUAACCAUGGACCUCAAAUCAAUAUACAUAAGAAAGUCUCAUACUAGACGUUACUCCUACCAAACGUUUCAAUUUGCGUUAUGCAGUGUUAUGGUCGAGGCUGAUACUAACCCGUAAAGCUAAUUAUCUAUCUAAACUUUUUACUGAUGACUUGAUUGCGUUUUGAUCAUCUGUGAUUGCGUUUAGUCAUAUACCAUACGCAGACCGACUGCAGUGUAAAGCAAACUGCAUUUCGUAUUCUCAACUAUGAUGCAUGGUUUCUGUAUAUUAUCCUCGUAAAAUCGCUGUUAUUUUGACUUUUCAUUUAUGUUUCGUCUCAUGCUUUGAGUAAAAGUUGAAUACCUGAAUACCUGUGCCAUCUUCAAAGGUGUUUUGUUAACAAUGCCAAGAAAGUAUAAAAUAUUUGAAGUGGUUUUUUCCAUAGUAUUUUGCUUAUUAUUGAGUUUGUGUUUUAUGUCGUGUAGAUUAUACCUGCCAGUGAGAUUUAUUUGAUUACCAUUCAGUUCGAUACCUCCCAGGAUUUUGCGCCGAAUUCAUUAUGGAGGAAGGAUCCCAAGAAACUCAAGAGAGUGGAGAUCGUCAAGUAUCUUCAAUUCAACCAAAUGUACAAGAGUAAGUCCCUGAGUAUUCCGAUAUGAAUGGGCAAAUGUGUGAGUAUAUGUUUUUUGAUUAUGUGGCUGUAAUUAGUGCUAAUCUGUUAAUGAAGGUUCUUUGGAACUGAUAGGAAGAUAAUUUGAUUGGAGUUUUGGGAGGGUAUAUUGAUUGACUAUCAGUGUCGCAGAGAAGUAUAUUAUUAAUAAACUGUAGCUCCUUUAUAGUGUAUCUUGGCGUCGAGUCGCGGUAGACUAUGAACACCACUACAAAGGAACGCGUGCCAGGAUAUGCAUAAAAUCUACCGGAAGCCAAAUAUCAGAAGGCAGUUAAUGGACCAAGUCGAGAUAUAUUUGCUGGCGAUCUCGUGGUAUCGAAAGAAUACUGAGUUCGUGCCAGGAUACAAACUUGGUUACAGAGCGUAACCGAAUUCGCGCGAGGUCACAAUCAAAGUGUAAGAAUAAUAAUGGAAGCACAAUAUAGCUGUCAUUAGCACAGCUAAACAAAGAGCAUAUUAAAUCAAGCACUGGUACAAUUGGUUAUAAUAAUAAUUGUUUUCAUUAAACCAAUCGUGUUUUCGUGAUAAAAACAGGUCACUACAAUAGUAUCAUCGGAACAGUUCUUUUCUUUUCCCAGCUUGUAAGGCAUCUGAUCAGAUUCCUUUUGUAGCGGAUUGGUGAAAAACUCGAGAAAUGGGUUUACUGACAAGCAAAGGAACUCUUCAUAUGCACGCUUCUGAUAAACUGUCACACUGUCUACCUGAUGAAAUGUCAAGGAAAUUUAGUUGAUUGUCACACUCAUCCUUACGAGUGAAAUCGAUUGCCAGGUAUACACUAUUAAACGUAUUUGGGAGUUCUCUCUUAGUAUUUGGAUCUACGAUGAUGAAUGUAUCAUCAGUAAAGUUAUUAUCGAUCUAAUUUCUCGGUAACCUUAUUGAGGGGUCAGUUUUCUAAUUUUCUUAGGAAAUCAGCUAAAUUUAGGCUUUAAAGUAAUCUUGUAGCUAUUCCACCAACUUGUCUACAAUAAAUAUUUUUGAAUAUAUAAUGAACGUUCAUCGAACACCUUAGAAGUUAUUCUUUAACACUAUUCUCAGGCAAACCAUAAUUGACUUGUUUUCUAGUAUUUAUUUGCAUAUAAACCCGACAGUUUCAACUGGUGCUACAUUGGUAAAUAAAGAUAAGAGGUCUAAAAAUAUCCCGUUCUCCUCCAUCAAGAUCCUCCCCUUUCAGCUUUGAUAAUGAAGUCAAAAACGUUUUUGAUGCUUCUUUUUACGAAUGAUUUAUACAUAGGUUUUAAGAUUCUAACCAGCCACAUUGCAAUUUUGUGAUAUGGAGAAUUAUACUUCUCUAAAACUGGGCGAAGGAGAAAACCCGUCUUAUGAACUUCGGUUAGACCAGAUUGUCGUAAUAUAGUUUGAUCCAAUUGAUGUAAGUGGAUCAUGAAGUUCGGACGAGAUAACUCGAUUUCGUUUUAGUUAUCUAAGAAUAUUAGUAAUCUGUUUCUCUACUUAUUCACUGGUCUUUAUUAUCAGUAAAUUUUUGAAAUUUGGUAAGAUCACUGAGCAUUGAAUUCAAUUUAUCAAUGUAUUGAGUUUUAUUUAUUAAAAUUAUAUCUUUAUGUAGUGUGCUUUUGAUCAAGGUAUCAUCUUUGCUUUGUUAGAGCAUCUCGAUGCUGCCUGAUUGUAAUGAUGACAAUUAACGACUACCGUGGUCUUAAACCUAGCUAGCUCCUCUAGUGAGGUUGAGAGCAAGUUAUUUGUUUAGGAAAAUGGAUUGUCAAACCUAUAACCCUAGUUUGUGUUCAGGAGAAACUCGUAAUAUCCCUAUCUCUUCCUUGGCUGGAUGUGACUUGAUAAACGAUUUUACGAAUUUCUUCACAUUCUGUCGUUCUUUACCUCUUCCAUUUUAUAUUCACUAAAUGAUUAUAUUUACACAAUUCUUAUUACAUAAAUUCUUAAUUUUCUAUGAUUAUUAUUUUAAAGUUUAUUUAUCCAUGUUAAAGUAUUGACUGAAACUUUUACUCUUAUCACUCUUAUCAUUAUUGGUGCGCCUGCUUUCUUGCUAUAAAUCUGAACUUCUUACCUAUUAUGGUGUAGUUAGGCUAUCUGUUUUAUUAUGAUCAUUGAUUCAUAAGCUGUCGUGAUCGGUGUAAUGUUUAUAUGCAUCAAUAUAAAUAUUUCUGUAUAUUAGAAUAAAACCUAAUAAUGAUCUAAUUGCAACAGUACUGUUUGCUUAUGUGAUUUGUUUUAAUUUUCACAAUGAGGAUCUUUAGUAUUCUUGUGUGGUAGUGAAAGUCUAGUAUGGUUGGUCGCUGAGUGUGGAUAAACAACCAUAACCUACGGACUAUAAAAUAUGUGGUUUUCGUCCUUGUCGAUUUCUACUCUAGAAUCACUGUAACUGCUUGUAAUUGUAUUGAAUAAAGUAUUCUCUAGUGUUGUCUGGUAUUUUAUUUUGGGUCGCGAAUCCUGGUUCUGAAAUAACGUAAUUAGUCUUAUUAAUGUAUUAUCGUCAUAUACGUUCGAGAGGAAAACAAUAUUGUAAACCGUCCGUUAUAUCAAUUCUAUGGGAGCAAAUAUUUCCUUGUAUAUCAUGGCUGACUUGAAACUUUGUUUUUGCUCGUUUUAUUUGCCGUCGUCCAUAUGUACAUGUUACUUUUCGUUUUCAUAUUGUUCAUCACUUUCGUAGAUCCCAAGAAACUCAAGAGAGUGGAGAUCGUCAAGUAUCUUCAAUUCAACCAAAUGUACAAGAGUAAGUCCCUGAGUAUUCCGAUAUGAAUGGGCAAAUGUGUGAGUAUAUGUUUUUUGAUUAUGUGGCUGUAAUUAGUGCUAAUCUGUUAAUGAAGGUUCUUUGGAACUGAUAGGAAGAUAAUUUGAUUGGAGUUUUGGGAGGGUAUAUUGAUUGACUAUCUGUGUUGUAAAUAGAUGCUCACUGACUGAUUAUUUAUUCGUUUCUAGACAAAGAGAAUAUAAGGGAUCUAUGUGUUUAUUUUUCAAAACCUUAUAUGCAAUGACUGCAAGCAUUGUUGUUGUAGGUGAAUAAAUAUGUACGUGUGAUAGAGGGAUCCGGGCUGUUUGAUUUUUAGCUAACUGCUCCGGUGUUUUCGACAGAAAUUAAGCAGAAAUUGUUGUGGUUUUGGAUAUUUUUGAUGAAAGUGCUGGAUUAUUUGCAGAAUGAUGGGGAGACUAUUUUGAAAAUUUUAUCUGUUGUCCAGUUACGUUUCACGCUCCAACUAUCGAGUUACAGUUCUGAUCAGGGCUCCUGUUUCAUCGUUGUUUAGUGAUGAAUCUUCUGCAAUUGAUGUUCCUUCGACGUCAAAACUAACAAGUCCACCUUCCAAACCCGCGAGACAGAAAAAGAAGCAUCCAAAAGUAAUAGAAACUGUUCAUCUUUCUGAGGAUUUCUCUAAAAUGAAUAUCAAAAGACUUUCAAUACCUAAUCGACCGGAUGGAGGGGGACAUUCGGGCAAAGAAAUGUAUGUGACUGUUAAUUGUUGGGAUUUUUCGAUAAAGCCCAAAAUUGUUUACAUGUAUCGAGCAGAAGCUCUCGCUGUAUAUCGUGGUGAUGAAGGAAACAGGACUGAAAUACGAAUGUCUGCUAAGGAUAAACGUGCUCUAAUUAAACAGGUGGCUGAUAGGUAAGUAUUUUUCAGAUACACUUCAUGGUAUAUUAUCAUUUCAUUUACUUUGUAGUUUAUUGGUCAUGUAUAUUGAAUUUUAUUUGUUUGAGCAAGAACAAUUUGACUGGGGACAUCACACUUGAGUGACUAAUACUCUUUCAAACCUUAUUACCUACGAAUGUUUUAGCUUACACAUACACUCAUUUUCGAAGUGGAACUUUUCUUUUUACCAACUAGUAUUUGUAACUUUCCUUGCUGACUAAUUAAAAUGAGUGGAGUGGCAUUUCCCAACUAUGUAUGACUAUUCCUCGUUUGUAAAAUUGGUAUGCCUGAAUUAGACUCUAAAGAAUCACAUGAGAAAGCCUAAGAGCUAUCAACCAUUUUAGGUUAAAUUCUUUCAUUGUUUAAACGAAGACGGAUGUGACGAAAAUGACCCUAAUAUUUGUAAAAUUCUAGGGAAACUGUCAAUAAUCGAUUACUGUGUAAAAUGACCGAUUCGAACAAGUGAACAACUUCAAAUAUUUCGAUUUACCAGUUGCAUGACGUGAUGAAAGAACACUUGAACUUGAACCGACUGUUUGUGAUUGAUUUUCAUAACAAAAUAAAGGAUUUUAAAAGAAACACAUUAAUAUAGAUUGACAAUAAAACUAUUUUUGCUUGACGGAUAACACCCAUACUAAAUUUGAAGAUUUUCUUGAUGAGCACCAUGUUUCAUAUCUAAACUGUGGGUUUAUAUGUAUAAAUAUUCUGUACUUGCGCUCAAAAUAUUUGCCUGUUUAUCGCAAUGAUGUCGUUGAACCGUUAUGCAUGAUGUAAAAAGUAUGUUCAACUACUUUUUAUAACACAUAUUGCAUUAUCCUUAAACUACGUGUUUCUGUCACUUGUUUAUACUAAGAUGGUAUAAAACUUAUAAAACGGUCCUAUUGUCGUGUUUAAGUACUUUCUGUUCGGUCUAUAUAGAAUUUCCAGAAAAAGUAAUUUAUCUUCACUUUUCUCUUCACACAUUUUUACUAUAAUAGUCAGGCAUGUUUCGUUUGGUAUCGUACAUGUACCAAUAACAAAAAGUAAAUCUCUCCGAUAAGAAGAAUAUCAUCCAGUAUCGUUUUAUAGGUGAACCUAUGACAAAUCUUUAUGACUUGUCUAUGGAUUUCUUCUUUAAAUUUGAUAUUCACAUUCAUGGAAGAUUUCUGAAAACUUUGUUCCCGGUGGUUCUUGGAAUUUUGAUGUCUGCGUUGCCUAAUUCUGAAAUUGAUGGUUUUCUUUGACUUUCUAAUUUGUGAAAUCUUAGUGGACAGUCUCAUUAUCGGUCUUGGUAACAAUUUGAUUUUGUUGGUGUUUCUACUUACGACAACAGUAUAUGGUUGCUCUCUCUAUGUUUACAUAGUUUACACGACUGUAUAAUUUACGAUGGUGGCCAUGACAUAUACUCGGCAGAUCGUUUGCCAGGGAUCGGAAAAGUUCCUACUGAGACAGAAAUGAAAAUUGUUGAUCCACUUGGUCGAGAUAAUCUUAUUCUAAAAUAUCACUUGAUGGAAGUACAGACGGUGUCAACUGACGAUGUACAACAAUACGUAGAAAACCCAAAAGCAACAUCGUUAAACAUUCCCCAAGAAUCCAUAAGAUUGUUAGAUUGUAUAUUAAGAACUGUGUCGAAGCAGUCGUUAAUAUCUCUUGGAAGAUCUGCUUUAUUUUACGAAAAGCCAGUGAAAGUCGUUGCAGAUAAGCUACUGAGUAUCCACAGAGGUUUUAUCGCUAGCAUUAGACCUCAAUGGAAGGUCCGUAUGAAUAUAGACAUGACCUACAAGGCUUUUUUCACAGCUGGUAACCUAGCAGAUGUUAUGUACGAAAAGUAUGGAGACAACAUGUACAGAUGUAGCUCACAAAUGGCUAACGAUUUAAGAAGAAUACGUGUUGAGACUGACAAGUUUUACAAAAGUGACAAUGGACAUGUGUAUUCUAGACGUUUCACCGUGCAUGGAAUAUCUUCUGUGCCAGCUGAUAAGCUUAUGAUCGAGGAGAGAAAGCAGUCUGUUGCUGCGUACUUUGAUGAACAUCACCAUAUUAAGUUAAAAUAUCCUGAUCUUCCGUGCAUAAAGGUUGAUCAAAAACGAGAGGUUUAUAUGCCAAUGGAAUUACUAAAUAUUCUUCCUUUUCAAGCACCUAACGCGAGCAAGGCUGAUGUGGCUAGUGAGGUUAUCCGUUGUGCAGCAGUACGUCCUCAAGAACGUUUUCGAGAACUUAUGGAUUUCACUAAUUCGAUUUCAAAGUAACUGUAUUUCUGUAUUUCGAUUUUAUUUGCACGGGAAAUGAUAAUAAUGCGUUAAAGUUUUGAAUAUGUUCUAUCUCGUUUUCCUUAUCAGUUAAAGCGUUAGAUGUGAUGUGCGAUUGGUUACUAACAAACUGAAUUGUAGGCCCCAUUAUAUCUUAAUUAAAAAGUCAUUUUCCAAUUCAACACAACUUAGUAGUGCUUCUCCAGAAAUGCGAAUUCCAAAUGUGGGUAAUGUGGGAGGAGAUGAAAACUUUUGGGAGGUGAUUUACGAAGUUUAGUCUACUGGAGAUGAAACCCUUGAUUUGUGUUUCGGCGCUUAUCAUCAAGACCUACUUCCAAUCUUGAGAAGAUUAAUCAGUCCUACGUGAUUCUCAUUCUGGUGCGUUACCACUGACUUUCUGUUGGAUUGAGACACUUAUACUGACUUAUCACUGAGUAUUAAAUAAUGUCAUCUCUGUCUAGCUGUUUAGUGCUGACUGAAUUCUAUCGGCCAGGUUUAAGUCUAGGCCUUCGUGUAAAUGACUCGGGGGUCGUAUGUGCUGUGCUUAGCUGGCUGUUUGGAUACAGUGUUGUUAGCUACUUUUUCAAGUUUGUAAUUUACAUAAGUAUGUGAUUCGAAUUUGGAUGUGGGCAUCUAAAGAGUUCCAAAAAUAGUCGACUUUUGUAAAGAUUUUCCCGUAGACAAGUAGCAUGAGCUAAAUAUUCAUGGAAAUUCAUGUGGGUUGUUGUUUGCUUUCGGUGUAUUUUUUAAAGUACUUGAAAAAGAUCGUUGAGUAACACAAAUGAGUAGACGAAUAAAAUUUUGUUUAUCAGUCACUGGGUGCCAUAAAUCUUGACAGUGGUGUUUCUCAAAUUAACUUAAUUAUGUCCAUUUAUUUCUAUCUUAAGGGCACAUCGACUAUUCCAGUUGUUUCAAGUAAAGAUAGCAAACAAACCUGUAGAUGUAAAGUCACGUGUACUCCAGCCACCUAAAGCAGUUUUUAAUCGUCCAGAUAAAAUCCAACUGAAGGCUGGAAGUUGGAAUACUCCAGAUUUUCAUGAACCGGCUAAACGUGGUGUUGCAAUUCCAUGGGGAAUACUUUGUGUUCCAAACAACCCACGAUCUAAAGGCGACGUAGAAAAAGUCACAGACGAAUUACCGAAGGCCGCUAACCGUUUCGGUGUUUCCUUCAGCAAUAAACCAUUUAUAUCACAAUGCUCCCUUAACCAACUUGAAAAAAAGUUUGAGGAAUUUCAUCGACAAGGUUGUAACUUCAUUCUGUUGAUUCUGUACGAUGAUUUGGCUUACGGAACAAUCAAACGUUUAAGUGACUUGAGAAUGGGUAUCCGCACACAAUGUGUUCGUGGUAGCACUCUACGCAAACCUAAUGUGUUUCGUAAGUAUCUUUCAUUCAUUCAUAUUCGUUUGUUUCAAUUUUUAAAACGAAUGGACUAAUUCAGUCUGUUUUGUUUUAGCCAACCUAUUAUUGAAACUCAAUGGGAAACUUGGUGGUGUUAAUUGGAUUGUCCCAGAUCUUAUCGAGAACAGUCAGGAUUUAAUAAUGGUUUUCGGUGCUGAUGUUACUCAUCCAGCACCGACACAAUCUCAUCAGGUUCUCAAGUCAGUUGCUGCUGUUGUUGGAUCUGUCAGUCCUGAGUUAAUACGAUACGGGGCUGUAGUUAGACAACAAGCAACUACUGAGCGAGGAAACAAAACAACAAGAGAAAUUAUUGAUAACUUGCAUCUGUCAGUUGGAGAACUGCUCACGGUUAGUCCCUUUAAAUUCAAUGCUAUGUACUCUCUGUUACUACUGUGAAGUAUUAUUUUUCUCUACUUCUUUAUUUCUUUCGCAACAACAUUAUAAUUCGGGAACAUUUAUAUUUAUACUAUAGCUGUAUUUGCGGAAUACGAAGGGACGUUUUCCUAAACGUAUUAUAUUCUAUCGCGACGGUGUCUCAGAGGGUCAGUUUGAAAAUGUUUUGGUCGAGGAGUUGUCUGCCAUUCAAAAAGCUUGCACUGAUAUUCGUCCUGGUGAAGAACCUGCUAUUACAUUUAUCGUUGUCCAGAAGCGACACCAUAUCCGUUUCAAACCACAUGAUCCCAGGUAAUUAGACGAAAUUUUACUGCUCGUAGCUAUGAUGAAAUGUUUAGAUAUUCGAUACAGUUUUUAUUUUCAGACAUGUUAGAUGUUUCUUCAAGACCAUAUCUCGCAUUUUCAUUUUGACAGGGCACGGAAUGUGGAACCAGGGACUGUCGUGGAUACAGAUAUUACUCAUCGUAGAGAGUUCGAUUUCUAUAUUUGUUCUCAUGAAGGGAUUCAGGGAACAUCAAAACCGUCCCACUAUCAUGUAUUAUAUGAUGACAGUAACUUUACAUCAGACGCUCUUCAAAUGUUUACGUACCACUUAUGUUAUGCUUAUAUGCGGUGCUCUCGUAGUGUCUCUUACCCUGCUCCGGUGUAUUAUUCUCAUUUAGCUGCGUUUCGUGCACGAGAUUGGCUAUCAAACACGAACGAAGCAAGUGUUUUGCUUGAUGGUUAUGAUCGCUUCAAAGUUCACAUAUCACAAACUGAUGGGAUGUUUUUCUUGUAAAGUUUCGUUAAUUUAUUAUUUCGGAGAAAACUUUCUAUUUUAAUAUAGACCAUUACGUUUAAUAAACAAAUUAACGAUAAAUAUAAUUGUACAGUUCUUGUUAAUGAAGUCGUCGAAAAGGAAAUUUUCCCCGUUAAAUUCUCUUAUUUACUCAUUUCAUCAUUUAUUCGAAAUAAAUUGCAUUUAUAAUGGUU